GGUGCCAUCACCAUGGGAACCAAGCUGGCCAAUGAGAACAAACACUAAGCCACCUCCUCCCAGACAGGCCACAAGCAACAUUCAGAGGCCUCCAGGGCCCCUCCUGGAUAAACCAAUCCCACUGCUCCCCGCCAUUAAGGCGGAAAAAGGGGGGUCUUCUGUCUGGAAUGCUCAAGAGCAAAGGCCAAGCCCAUCAUUACCCAGCCUAGAGCUCCAGCCACAUGUGGGGUCCAGCCAUGCAGCAGUCGUUCAGAAGCCCCUAACAAUUGUCUACAGCGCCUUGGGAACACCCCACAGCAUUGAGAGCCUCAAGAAGAGCACACAGCACCUCCAGCCAGAGGCAUGCAGCAUCUCCACCCUGUCGAGCAGUGGCUAUGCAGCUGACGAGGAGAGCAGCCGGGCCAGCCUAGUUAACCUCAAGCAAAUUGGGAGGCUGACUAAGCAGCUCCCUACCCACGUGGACGGCAUCCAGAGCAGUGAGCUCUUCAUCACCUCCUCUCCCACCUCCCGCAUCGCGUUCAAGAUCCAAAGGCUGAACAGUCAAGGCCAGGACACCCAGCAGGCUGGAGGGGAAAAGUGACGCCAGCCUGCCUAGCGGCAAAAUCAGCAGCCUGAGCAGCAUGAGCUUCCUCAGCGCAGGCAGCAGCUUCCUGUCCUACCAGGUGAGCAGCGGGCUUCUCAGCUCCACCAACAUCAAGGCCUCCAGCAAGGCCACCAGUAACCAGACCAUCCGGGUGGACUGCAGUGAGCAGGGUGAGCCGAGGAGCAACACAGAGCUCCAGGAAGGCAAGGGCAAGGACCCAGAGGGAAGCAGCAGCCAGCCCACCCAGGCUGAGCAGCCCGCCCAGGAGCCCAUACCUUUAUGAGGCGACUCCUCAGCUCCUGCUAACAUCUGAACACGAGGACCCAACAAGCCCGGAUUCACCUGGGAUGUUCACUGGCAAUAUAGGAAAAACCAAAGAAGUAGUUGCUGUGUCUUCUGUAGCAACGACCAUCAGCAGACAGGUCACACACACACACAACACCAUCUGCUGAGAAAUAGGCAAUGUGACCAUCUAUAUAGAAAGCUGUUGUAAGGAGAGCUGGAGCAAGAAUCAACCAUCCAUGCUGGGCCAUCUGUAUCAAAACCACCUAUGGGAAGAGCAUCCACUACCAUGUACCUCAGCACAGGUUAUCCACAAGAUCCAGCAAAACCAUCAGCACCAAGAUCGGUAGUGGCAACUGACAACUGUCUUAAGAACCAUUAGAAGGUGGAACCUUCCAUGAUGGACCCAUUAUAAACGAGGAACACACCUACAACCACCACAUGCUCUGAAGAAACAAGCGCCACCUACGCUGGGAGUGGCCCAGGACCACAAGCAUCUGGAAGGAUGAGGACCCUGCAUGGGGAUGUAGGACCAUGGGGAGCUCAGUCCCUGCUGAACUCUGUAAUGUGCUUCCACAGCAGGCAUGGCCCACAGAAGCACCAACCUGGGGACACGGCCCAUGGAGAAUGCCCAUGACUCCCGGCAGCCCAGCCCAUCUAGGGGACCAUCAGGAGCAGCUGGGAGUGCCACCAGCCCAGGCAUGGGGUGUCCAGACAGAACUUGUGAGAGGAGAUGUCAAAGGACCCAUGUCCCCAAAGAGCAUCACCCACCCAUGGGACUUCCGUGUCCAGUUCUUUCUGGACAGCCGCACCUCAGAUCCCAUCCAGGAGCAAAGGCUCGGCGCAGUGUUUGUGUUCCUGUGUGGGUCUUAGAAAAGCAAACGUGAGAAGCCAGGGGCAGCCCUUUGUGCAGAUGGUUUGGAGCUGUGCACUCCCUACGACAGCACAACAUCAUCAUGGUAACUGCUACGUAGACUCAGAGACCAGCCUGCCAGGAACUGCUGGGGUGGGAACUCCAGGCCACGGAUGAACGCUGCCUACGUGGGUAGGAGGCCUGAGGUCCUGGCCGCCUUCCUUCUCAAAACAGUAGAACCCUUUCCAGGGCUAAGUUUGUAGAUCCGGGGAACAGGUGGGUGCACAAAGAGGCCAGAGGCGGCAAAACAUCCACUAGGCACCAUAAGAAAAGUUGAGGGGGCACCAAAGACAAUAAACAGUGUCUGGAAAGGCCA